AAAGCGAAAAACAGCGUGCGACAAAAAGCCGAAAGAGAUUGUAUUGCAAUUAAUUAAGGCCUAAAACAAUAUAAUUUAAACAUAUAAACAUAACUAAAAUAAUCAAUUUUGUUGUAACAUCUAAAAAUAAUAACAAAAUGAUGUUGGUUAUAACAUCUAACAUUUAGUGAUAGGAAAUUACGGAAAUCGAAAACGUGCCGAGAUUGGUAUGAAAGAAAAGCAAAGCCAUCGAAUGUUGCAAAAAAAUACGAAAUAAAUUGGCUGAUAAAAGAAAUGGUCCGCAGUGAAUUGAAUAAAUGAGAGUGUUUUAAUGAUAAAGCGGUAGGCUGUGGAAAAUUAAGGUUUCAGAAAACAUACAGAGUGUCCUGCAGGUGCAGGAUUUAAAGGCUUUAAAAGAAUCGAACGAUAUAAAACAGUGGAAAAUUUUAGUAUAUUUUUUUUAGUGAGUGUUAGGUUAGAAACGAAUUGAUCCCCUGAAAACGAGAGUGACUGCCUGUCUACUAUAACGGAAGAAACAAAAACAAAAAUGCCAAACAAUACAGAUGAAUUACCUACAGCGGCGCAAGGAGGACAAAUACAAGACAACGAAAGCAGCACAAGUAAUGAGCAAUCAAACAACAACAACAAUAAUAAUAAUCACAAUGUACAGCCAGCCAUAGCAAUCGAAGUUGGUGUCCGGGAGGAGGGGCCAUCAUUGCCUAUGGCAAACGGCGUAAAUGGCAUUGGAGAGCAACAGGCGGAAGAUCAAAGUAUGGAAGUCGAUGGAGAUGCACAAAAUGCCGACCAACCAGCAGUAGCAAAUGGAAAUGAUUCGGAUGAUGAGGCAGGGGCAGGCGACAAUGCUCCUGCUGCCAUUAAUGAGCCUUUCUAUGGAUUUGAAGAGUCUGAACCUAACUUGGAAGAAAAGGAUAUGCCUCAAGUUCUACAAUUUUGGGAAUCUAAACACACGCAAUCCGGUUUUGAUCCAGUGCCAGCAUUGAAAAGGCUAGCCGAAAUUUUUGAAAAGGAAAAAGAAAUUUACAUGCGUAAAGAUCCCGAUCCAUUCGAUGAACGUCAUCCAUACCGCACUGACCCUAGUUGUCAGUUUGGUUUUUUGCUAAAACAACUUUUUCGCAAGGAUAUAUUCAUGAAAAAGCUGGUUAAAGAUUAUUUGCGGGACAAUUAUUUUACCCGUCAAAAUAUUCAAAAAAGCUCCUAUGAGUUAAACAUAUUGGCUUUACGUCUUAUACUGGUCAUUUUGCCAGGCCUAGAGACUUCAGCUGUGUUUCAGGUGGAAUUUGAUAAUCUAAUCAAUCGCAUCUACAGCUGGGCCGAGGACAGCAUAGAGCCUUUACAAAGUUAUGCUACUGGUCUUUUGGCUGCCGCCAUGGAAGUAACCGAUAUUGCAGUGACAUUUAGAGAGUUGAAUACAAGGCUGGUGCCGAAAAUGAUAAAACGCUUGCAUAUGCUGCAAGCCAUACAUAAAACAAUUCUUCAACCAACGGGGACUAACGAUUGCAUUUCUGCCAACAACUCCAUUGACAGUGAAGCUGGUCUUAAUAACUCGUCGUCUAAUGCAGGUGGUGGGAUGGAGCGUAUAUUGCCCUCAUGGAUGGCUGGUUCAGCGCCACAAUCUCCCCAACGUUUAGACGAUAGCACAGCAAGCGGCCGCUGCCAAAACACUAGUGCUUUGGACACCUUUGUGAACUCUUCAAAUUUGUCGGCAUUAUUGGAAAAUAGUCGUGAUGCUUUUCCCACUGGUAGUGCUGGACGUUACUAUAAGAAAAUGUACAUACCCAUACAUCCACCAUCGGCGGAAACCAGUCAAAUGUUAAUCUUGCGCUAUCUCACCACAAUGGGCGAAUAUCAGGAGUUUUUGGGUUUAAUCUUUGAGCACAAUGCUAUGCAAUUGAUAUUUGGCUAUAUAGAGAAUUUGGAUAGACGUGAUACCUGUUUAGCUUUUGAGGCUUUAAAGUACUUAGCAUCGCUUUUGUGUCAUAAAAAGUUUGCACUGGAUUUCAUUACAAAUGGAGGUUUGGAGCGUCUACUAAAAGUUCCUCGGCCAAGUAUAGCCGCCACAGGUGUUUCCAUUACCUUAUACUAUUUAGCUUAUUCCGAAGAUGCCAUGGAGCGUAUAUGCACAAUGCCUAAAACUAUCAUAAGCGAAUUGGUGAGAUAUGCCUUGUGGAUCUUGGGGCAUUCCUAUGAUUCAGGCAAAUGUCAUGCUACCAUGUUUUUUGGUCUAAGCUUUCAAUUCAAAGUUAUGUUGGAUGAGUUUGAUGCCCAAGAUGGUUUAAGAAAACUUUACAAUGUGAUAUCGGUCUUGAAAAUCCUUAACCCCUCAAAUAACGAUGAUGAUAACAACGAGCUUAACGAAGAUGUGGAAUGUGCGUCGCGUCAAAUUGUGCGACACGUCUGUGUUGCUCUCAAACGCUACAUGGAAUCUCAUCUCUUCUAUAAGUACAACAAUUUCAUGUGCCAACAGUUUCCUGUGUCCAGCGAAUUUAACCGCAAUAUCACCAAGGCCACCAAGUCCACGGUGGAACAAAUUAAUGAGCAGAUAAGAAUUCUGCAGGAGAAUACUUCGGUUCGUGCUCACUGGGCUCCGGUGGAUCAAUUAUUGAAAUUGGGAGGCAUAACAUUAUUGCUGAAAAUCAUUGCCUUCUCUUAUGAUUGGAAUAAUAGUGGACGGUCGGAGACGGUGCGUUCGGCACUGGAUGUUCUAUCCAUAUGCUGUGUUAUACCGCGAGUGUAUGCAGCCUAUUGUGAUGUCUUGGAAUUGCCAGCGAUUGUUACCACCUCAGGAAUCUAUUCAAUAUUGGGCGCUGCUGCUGGUGAUAUUGUGCCCGAUGCUGAUGUGCAAAAGUCUGCCCUGGCGGUUCUAUGCAAUUGUGUGUGCUCUCCUAUAGCCAGAAAAGAACCCAACUCACUGAUGAAAUGUUUCGGCUCCUCCAAGAAAACUAAGCACAACAACAAAUACAGUGAGGAACUGGUAGAAAAGGUUUGGGAAUCGGUUUGCUCCAACAAUGGCAUUAUAGUUUUAUUAUCGCUAAUGCAAAUUAAGACUCCCAUCACAGAUAGCGAUUGUAUACGCGGCAUGGCUUGUAGAGCUCUGGCCGGUUUGGCACGUUGGGAACGUGUUAAACAAAUCAUAGGCAAACUACCUCUCUUUGCCAGUGGACAAAUCCAGACGCUAAUGCGUGAUCCCAUACUUCAAGAGAAACGUGCUGAGCAUGUCAUUUUUCAGAAAUAUGCUUUGGAAUUGUUGGAACAGGUCUCGGGCAAAACUAAACCGUUUAGCCAUCAGCUAGAUCCCUCGCUGGCCAAUAUACAUAAGGCAAAUGUUAUAGCCCAAACUAAGAUCCAAUAUAAUGAACAACAAUUGUAUCAAUUGAUUUAUGAGCAUCUAGAGUCCAAAGGUCUAUCACAAGCGGCACAAAUGUUACAAAAGGAAGCUGGUCUUCAAAUGCCCUCCCAAACCAUGAAAAGUUUCCACCAGUCACCGUUCGAUUAUAAUGUCUUGCCCACUAGCUCCAUAGCUCGCAAUCGCUUGAGAUCAAGAAUGCAAGACGUCAAUCAGGCCAUAAAUUGCGCCUCGAGCACAAAUGCAGCUACCACACCUUCGGCUGCGUUUAAUUCGGGGGCAAAGGAUGCGUUGAAUGACAGCUUCUCAGAUGAUCAGACAAUGAAUACCAUAACUCCAAUUAAAUUGGUAAAGAAGACUGAAAAGUUGCCCACAACACUGCCCUCAUCCACAGCCAGCGCAAGCAGUGCAAGUUCGGCGGCCAAAUCUUUACAAAAACAAAUCUCUGUGACUGAAGCCAAUAAUAUAAUGGACAUUAAUUCACCACCACCGUUUGCGAACAGUAUAACAUUGAGCACAAUUGUCACCGAAUAUCUUACCAAUCAGCAUGCGCUAUGCAAUAAUCCCAUGACAACGUGUCCACAAUUUGAUUUGUUAACGCCCCACAAAUGCCCAGAUCCCAAGCCCAACCGAAUUCUGGGAGAUAAUAUGAACGUAACCACCAGAUUCUUCCGAUCCCAGGCUGGAUACAAUGCUCGCAGGCUAAAUCGUCGUUUUGUUCAUUCACAUUUUGCGCCCUGGAAGACGAUACGCUCGAAUGACUACAACGAUGUCAUAUUCUCCUCAUGUCACAUUGUGCCCAACUCGGAUAUUCUGUUGGCGGGCACACAUCAGGGCGAGGCUAAGGUUUUCAAUAUGAAUCAUGGCACAGAAAUGUUUUCGGGACGUUGCCACAGCUACAUCAUCGAUUCCAUACUAUCAAAUAGGACGGGUGAUUUGGUGUUGACCUCGGUAUCUUGGCGUACUCCCCUUAGUGUGUUGUGGUCCAUAAAGGAUAAUGAUUUUGUGUCCAAAAUAGAUUUUAUUGAUGAGUUCUAUUGUGAGUUUAGCAAGCUGAACCAGGAUAAAGUUAUAGGAACACUAUCGGAUGCCUGCACGAUAUAUGACAUUUGCACGGGUCAGAAGAUAUCCACCUUUACACCAAUUCUGGGAAAUCAGUAUACCAAAAAUCGUGCCACCUUUUGUCCAACAGACGAAUUGGUCUUAUCAAGUGGUGUCUUAUGGGAUGUACGUUCAGGCAAAGAGAUACACAAAUUUGAUAAAUUGAAUCAAUCCUUAUCAGGAGUCUUCCAUCCAAAUGGUCUAGAGAUCAUUUCCAACACCGAAGUCUGGGAUUUACGCACAUUUCAUUUGCUGCAAACAGUUCCUGUUCUCGAUCAGUGUUUGAUAAAAUUCUCACCCUUGCAUGUGAUGUACGGCAUACGUCUGGAAAUGGAUAAUCGCUCGGAUUACGAUGACAACACCAGCUACGAUACCAGUUUUAAGGUGUUGGAUGCCUAUGACUACUCAUCGAUAUCAACAAUAGAUGCUAAGCGCAGUCUUUUUGACCUGAGUGUCAGUGGUAACGGCAGCCUGAUAGCAUUGGUGGAGGAUCAACCCUCUUACGAGUCGAAACCGGAAACAUAUGUGAAAAUUUAUUGUGUGGGCAUGAAGAAAACUGAACAGGAUGACGAGGAAGAUGAGUGUGAGGAGUCCGAUGAGGACAAUUCAGAUAGCGAUGAUGAUUCAAACAAUGUGUUUGAUAUAAUUCCUGAUGAUAAUAUGCGCCGCCGACGACGCCGUGGAAACAACGACGCAGAAGAUGAUGAUGAUGAUGCGGAAGAUGAUGAUGACGAUGAUGAUGAUGACGACGAUGACGGUGAUGAUGAUGACGAUGACGACGACGAUGAUGAUGACGAUGAUGACAACUGGAUCGAUAUCGUGGAUGAUGAUGAAGUCCAGCAACAUUUUGCAUUUUUGGAAUAAUGGAAAAUAUCGAUUUCUAUUAAUCGAUAAAUGUAUUGAAUCAUAAAAUGUCAUAGUCUGUCUUAAGGUGCAUGCGAAUGUUUGAUCACAGCAGCAGCAGCAGCAGCCCACCAGCCAAACCAGCAAAUCCGUCGAAAUCAACCUACUCUUCCCUUCAUGGUCUCUUCGGCAGCUUGCUGCCGCCAUUGUUUAAAGGCUUAAUUUGUCAGACUCUACAAAACAAAAAGUCUGUUUCCCCCCUCCCAAUAUAAGCUGCCUGUCCUCCUAAGAAAGCAAAUUUAGGACAAGGCACGCCCAACACGAAUUUGUUUUGUUUUCCUACGGCAACAAAACAAGUCAUUCAUCUAAAAUGCAUUGCUGUUUUAGAAUAUUUUUUUAUAUGCUUUAUUUUUUUUAUGUAGCUUAGUAGUAAGUACCUAUCUACAUCUACGAUUUAUUAUUAAAUUUCAUCUAUUUGUUAUAUAUUUACCUUUUUCUUUGUAAAGAUUUGUAAAAACGAAACCCCGCAAAAGGCUAUUAUUUUUCUCGUUUCAAUUUCUCUCUCUUGUUUUUGCAAGUUUUUUGUUAUACCCUAAGUUAUACCCUAAAUCCCCUAAGACACUAUAAGGUAUUUCUUUAAAAAUUUAAUUAUAUAAAUAUUUGUUCCAAUUACCAGUCCAAGUAAUUUCCUAUACAAAACAAGAAAACUAAAACAAAAGAAAAUUCUAAAAAAAAACACAUUUUGUCUAACAAAAAGAAAACUCACACACACACAAGUACACUAUAUCAAUUAUCUUGAACGUAUGUAUAUGUAAUUUAAAAGAAUUUAUGUAAGUAUGAAAAAAAAAAGUUUAAACAAAAAAAUUAAAAAUGUAUAACAAAAAAUUGUAUAACAAUUUACUUGCAUUUUUACAAAUUCAAAAUAAAAAAAGAGAAAGGAAAAAAACUAGUAA